GCCGUAUUUCCCUUGGUGAUGUGCCGCGACGGUAGAGCUGCACGUGCGGAACUUUCUUCGUGUCCCUCUCUUUGUUGACUUGUAUUUAUUUAGAGUUGCUCCCUCACCAUCACUCUUUUAAGAUCUACCGACGUGCCGAGGAGAAAGGAAUAGCCCGACGACAACACCUUCAGCCAAUCAACAUCAAGAGCCUCAGCUCAACACCCUCCAAAAACACUAGACACGUACAAAAAAAAAAAAAAAACAACCGCGCAUCAUGGCCCCUCCCUUCCGCGCCGAGCACGUAGGCUCCCUGCUGCGCCCGCAGGACCUCCUCGACGUGCGCGCGUCCAUCGCCGCCGGCGGCGACGACUCCAAGCUGGCAGGCGUCGAGAAGGCGGCCGUCAAGGAGGUCGUGGACCUGCAGCGGUCGCUCGGCUUCAAGCCCGUGACGAGCGGCGAGUACGUGCGCACGCGCUUCUGGGGCCUCAUGUGGGACGAGUUCGAGGGCACCAAGCGCCUGCAGGACGCCGAGGCGUCCAUGUUUAGGCUCUACCACCCGGACGUCGUGUCGCUGAUCGAGCAGGACCGCAAGGUCAUGCCCGGAGACAGCGUCAUCGCCGGCGCCAAGCUGUCCCACAGCAAGGACAAGUGCAAGAGCAACCUGCACGAGCUGAAGCUGGUCCAGGAGAACACGCCCAAGGAGGAGUGGGGCAACAUCAAGCUGACCAUGAUCACCCCAGCCUGGUUCCACAUGAGAUACAAGCAGGGCCGUGCCUACACACCCGAGGCGUACGCCAACGACGCCGAGUACUUUGCAGAUGUCGCCAAGGUGUACCAGGACGAGCUGCAGCAGCUGUACGACGCCGGUCUGCGUAACGUCCAGUUUGACGACCCCGGCUUGGCUUACUUUUGCUCCCAAAAGUUCCGGGAGGGCUGGGCCGAGGACAAGGACAACAUCGGCGAGGUGGACGACCUCCUGGACGCCUACAUCAAGCUGUACAACGACUCGAUCGCCAAGCUCCCCUCGGACAUGCACACGGGCGUGCACCUGUGCCGCGGCAACUUCAUCGGCGGCCGGCACUUCUCCGAGGGGUCGUACGACAUCAUCGCCAAGAAGCUGUUCCAGAACCUUCACGUAAACACCUUUUACCUCGAGUACGACACGCAGCGCGCCGGCGGCUUCGAGCCGCUCAAGUACCUGCCCAAGGACAAGAACGUCGUCGUGGGGGUCAUCUCCACCAAGCUCCCCGGGCUCGAGGACAAGGACGAGGUCAAGCGCCGCAUCCACCAGGCCGCCGACUUUGUCGCCGAGGGCAGCGGCCAGACGCGCGAGGAGGCCCUCAAGCGCAUCUCGGUCAGCCCGCAGUGCGGAUUCAGCACGCACGAGAGCGGAUACCCGCUGUCCAUCGACGAGGAGAAGGCCAAGCUGAAGCUGGUCCGCGACAUUGCCGACGAGAUCUGGGGCGAGCCUUAGAUGUGGAGCUCUUGGCUAACAAGUUUGAGACUUUUCUUUUGGGGUUUUCUUUUUCUUUUCUUCUGGGUCUGUUUCUGGAAUACUCUUCUGCAAAUUGGUGCGGGUAUAUGAGUCAUGUCUUUUCUUUUGGUUUACUUUUCAGGAUGAAGCGUGGUGUUGGGUGCAUUCAACAAGAACGGGAACAGGGCUGCUGAUGGUGUGUGCGACUCGAUGCUGACGGGGCUUCAUGGAUUCAACUUCCAUGCUCUCAAGUCACCGCAUCUGCAGGGCGGCGGGCGAGUCGAAGGGUAGUAAUCAAGGCCAUCAACAAAGACAAAAUUGAACAGGGCAAGAGCCACUCGGUGUGGUUCUCGGAUUUAAAAGGGCUUGAAGGUAAUAAAGACAGCAUGCAAAUGAAAGAAUAGUACAUGGUCAGCACAUCAAUUUUCUUCUCAUUGGGCUCAAAGACUGUUUGCCAUUGCAAAAGUGAUCUUCAAGAAUCGCUUAGCAUAGGUUCUUCACAGUCGUGCGAAACGGCAAGACUCUAAAAGGCG